AUGUCCCUCUCGCCCUUGACAUCUCGUCUCAUCCAAACAUCUACUCUCUCAACCACAAGACUCAGAUCACUCCCAGUUCUCUCUCGCGCGAUCCACACAGCGGUGCCCAGAGCGAAAACUCCAGCUCCUCAACCACUAUCACUCAACACCCCCCAAAAGCAAGCCUUUCGUCACUUCACCAAAAUGUCGAAGAGCGUUGCCGCCGCAUCUCACGAUGACUUCAACCGCAACUCCCUUUUCAACCUCAAAGGCCGCGUCGCCCUCGUCACGGGCGGCGGCUCUGGAAUCGGUCUCAUGGCCACCCAAGCCCUCGCGGCAAACGGUGCCAAAGUCUACAUCGUCGGCCGCACCAAAGAGAAGCUCGACAAGGUAGUCGAGAUCUACAACAAGGACAUUGAGGGCGAGAUCAUCGCCAUCCAAGGGGACGUCACCAAGAAGGAAGAGGUCGCCCGUCUGUACAAGGAAAUCUCCGCGCGGGAAAAGUGCUUGUGCAUCCUCAUCAACAAUGCCGGUGUGAGCAGCACGACGGUUACGACAGAGACGGAGACGGCGCAGGAGAUGAAGCACAAUUUGUUUGAGAAUGAGAACAUGACUGAGAAAGACUGGACGGAUACAUACCAGACCAAUGUCGCGAGCAUUUACUUUAUGACCUCGGCGUUUUUGCCAUUGCUGCAGGCCAGCUCGGAGAGGCACCCUCACUGGUCGGGGACUGUGAUCAACAUUAGCAGUAUUAGCGGGUUGGUGAAGGGGUCGCAGCAUCACUUUAGCUACAACGCCAGCAAAGCCGCCGCCGUCCACCUCACGCGAAUGAUGGCGGCGGAGAUCGCCGAGAACGGCCACAAGAUCCGCGUCAACAGCAUCGCUCCGGGUGUCUUCCCCAGUGAGAUGACCGCUGACGAGAGCGACGAGUAUCAGAAGAGCCACAUUGACGCUGAGAAGUACAAGGGCAAAGUACCAGCUGGCCGGCCAGGAAGGGAUAUUGACAUGGCCCAGGCUGUGUUGGCGCUAGCAGCCAACCAGUACAUUGAUGGCCAGACGGUUGUUGUUGAUGGUGGCUACACCCUUACCAUGGGUAUGUAG